AUGUCGAUAGAGGUUCGAAUUUUCCCACGGCCAAAGCAGUGCUUCACUGGAUACCAGAACCUGACACAAGUCACAGAUUUACCAGAACGAUAUACUGUUACCGACCUCGCAGAAGACUUCUCGAAGGUCGAGCAUUUGCCACAAGUCGACACUCUCAGUGCUCUUGCGCUCUGUCUCAGGAAUGCCGACCGCAUCGACCAAGGGGCACAAGACCAGGCGUCCAUCAGACAGCUUUCUAGCCAUGCACUGGGCCUCCUGAGACACUCUCCCGGCUCGCUGCUGAACAAUGACCCAACGCUUGCGGAGCAGGCGUUAGAUAUCUUGAGGAGUCUUGUCCUCAGGUUUUACCUAUCACUUGACGACCAGAAUCUGAUUGCCAUCGCUGCAUACACCGAUCGCAACGAAACCUGGACGACCGUCGAUGCCGAGAUUUAUGCCAAAGAGAUCUUGAGUCAUUCUUUGGAUGAUGCCCAAAAGCAUGCGUUCAUCAACUCUGUAGUGCUGGAGCGCUUUAUUCGGCCCAUCUUCUCACGGACAAGCUCUAGUCGCAUCACUUCUACGGGCAGGAAGGCUCAUUUCGCCGAUGACAGCCAGGACCGCUUUACUCCUGGCGUUUUCGCUGAUACCGAUGACGCGAAACCUUGGAAAACCACUCAAGUCCACGCCAUUACAGUACUUUCCUGGGCUGUGGAACAAGCUGAUGAUGCGUUGGUCGAAAAAAGCUGGCCGUUGUUCACUCCAGUUCUUCUCGCUCUCUUGGACGACUCGGACACGAAGUUCAAAGCAAGGGGCCUUACCAUUCUAGGCGACUUUCUCGUUAAAUGUCCAGCCAAGGUCCUCGUCCAAACCGGCCUGGGUGACAUUUUUGAACAAUCCGUCUUCCCCUCUCUACUCUCCCUGCCAACUCUGACGCCCGAGAAAGAGUCUCUCAUGCUACUUGAUCCGGCAUAUGGUGCAAUCAUCCAGCUUGCCAAGAUACAGUUUCCUGGAGCGAGUGACAGAGAUAAAAAGGACAAACUUCUUACUCGCUUGCUUAGGGAGGGGGUUUUUACAGGCUAUUGGCAAGCGUCCGAGUUUAUUGGAAUUGUUCAACUACUUGCUCGACAAACGACUUCCAUCGUCAGCGAACUCGGCAUCUUUGCCACGACACAUUUGAAGGCAACUCUAUAUAUCUCCAGCAUGAUUGUUCGCUUGCUGACUCUUACAUAG